AUGGCACCCCAAUUCAAGAAAGGACAGACCGUUCGAUACAAGCCUAUUGGAGGCCCCCACUCGAACACCCCAGAGAGCGUCGGCGUCAUUCGAGACGUCCUUACUUCCCCUGGACGUGAAGCGGAUCGGAACGUAAACGCGAGUGCGGAGGAUCCGCGAUAUGAGAUCGAGAACUCGAAUACGGGAAAGCUGAGCGCGAUUUAUGAGUCGAAUAUUCUUGGACGGGAGUAG